AUGCGUUCCACCUACGAAGAUGAUAAUGACUAUAACGUAACCAUUCAAGUUGGACAGGAGUCAGAUGAAAAGAUCUUCAAAGCACACUCUGUAAUCUUAAGAGCGCGUUGCCCAUAUUUUCGCACGGCUUUGUCAAAUGUAUGGGGCCGGAAAGUGAACGAAAUAUACAUCUACAUCGGCGAAGUGGAUUUGAGAGCGGACGAGGUCAAGUCCAUGUAUCUCGAAUUGCUCUCGGCUGCUGACCAGCUAGAGAUGGUGGAGCUCAUGGACCACAUUCAAGAUCACAUUAUCGAAGACGAGUACGAUUGGAUCUUGAAUAAUUUCGUAAAACUCAUGUCCAUCUCCGCACAGUACAGGUCCUACAUCAAGCUAAAUAACAUCGUAAAGCAAAUACUGACCGAAGAUCCGGCAGCACCGUUAAAGUCCGAGGACAGUCAUGAACUCGACGAAGCGACACUACUGGAAAUUGUAAAGAGGGAUGACCUUCUCAUCAAAGAAAUCGAGCUCUUUGAGUACAUAAUCGCGUGGGGAAUUAGCCAGGUCCCAUCCCUCAACUCCGACAUGUCCAGGUGGACCGAUAAUGAUUACGAGAGUGUUCGUGCCGUCACCGGUGACUUACUGAGUCACGUUCGGUAUUCGAAUAUUUCGGGCGUCGAGUAUCACGAGAAAUUGCGAAAGUGCAAAAGACUACUUCCAGCAGACCUGUGGAAAGGCAUGAAAGAGUUUUACAUCACGGAAAAGAGGCCCGACGUGUUGAAAAAAAUGCCACUGCGCACCUCCUUUGAUAUAAAUAGCUCGAAUCUCAUCAGCUGGAGGAAUUUUGCAAAAAUCACCUAUUGGAUUAAUCGGACGAGAAAUGACCGAGAGCCAGCCGCAUAUGUAUAUAAGCUUUUGUUGAGGCAAAGUCGCGACGGAAAGGGGCCAAAGGUGUUUAACGGGCUGGCAGCGAAUAAGGGUCCCACGGUUGUGAUAAUUAAGGUUGCAAAUUCCGAAAAGAUUCUUGGCGGAUAUAAUCCGGUGAACUGGGAGACCACAUUUAGCGUGGAGAACACAAAGGAAAGCUUCAUAUUUUCGUUUGAGAAUGGGUCUACCUGCAAUAACUGCAUUCUAAGUCGCGUCAAAAACUUUGAGAAGGCAAUCACGAGUUAUCCGAGACGUCACCUAUUUGAUCACGACCUCGAUUUUAGCGAUGGAAGGUGUGUCCCAACCUCCUAUGAGAAGAAAAUACUUGACGACACCAAAUUCACGAUUGAUGAUUACGAAGUAUUUCAAGUCAUUAGAACAAAGGAUGCACCACCCGCGGAAGAAAAUGUCGUGGUGACAAGAAAACGUUCAAGGGGUAGCUCCCUGAACGAAGGUGGUGUGGGCAGUGAUGCAAAGAGUAACAAGAGGAAUCGGAUUGAAGACGAUAUUGACUUUGAUUUCUAA